AUGAGCUCCACAGAGGAACUUCAAACUCUGGUUCUAACAACGCUUGAUGAAAGAAGUACAAUUUCCAAUACAAAAGGUCUUGUAACCUCUGAUAACCAGGAGGUGGAUCAAUUAGCAUUACUAGGUGCUUUAAAAAGUUUGAGUGUUGAAGACAAAGAGAUGGUCAAAUAUGAAACAAUUGAAGAAGAAGUAUGGUUAUUGACAGAUGAGGGAAACGAAAUUGCUAAUAAGGGAAGCCACGAAGCCAAGGUCUUUAAUACUAUUCCCAUUGGUGAAGAAGGAAUUGCAAUCUCUUCAUUGCGUGAAAUUUUGGGUGACGAAACUGCAAAAAUAGGGCAAGGAAAGGCUUUCAAGAAUAAAUGGGUUGUCAAGAACGGAGAUAAUCUCGUCCGCGCAGUUGAUUCCAUUAUAGAUAAAACGCAAAUUGAUCUCGAAGCGAUCCGUUCAACUGGUACACAUUCAGAUCCAAAAAUUUUAUCUGAAUUGAGAAAAAGAAAACUUUGUGAUAAACAUAAAGUUAUUUCUUAUUCUGUAUCGAAAGGACCAAAAUUCUCAUUGACCAUAGAAAAACAAGCUCGAGAUGUAACAUUUGAGAUGCUUCAAAGUGGCGAAUGGAAAGAAGCAAAUUUCAAAAAAUACAAUUUUGAUGCCCUUGGUAUACCACCUUCAGGUGGUCAUUUACAUCCACUAAUGAAGUCAUCCUUCUGGAAUUUUGACUCCCUAUUCCAACCUCAACAACAUCCUGCCCGUGAUGCUCACGAUACUUUCUUUUUAAAGGAUCCUGCAGUUUGCACGCAAUUCCCCGCUGAAUAUCUUGAACGCGUUAAGGAGGUUCAUUCUGUUGGUGGAUAUGGCUCCACUGGGUAUGGUUAUGAUUGGAAAAUCGAAGAAGCACAAAAGUUGAUUUUAAGAACACACACCACAGCAGUAUCUUCGUUCAUGCUAUAUAAUCUUGCGCAACAGAAAGAAUUUAAACCGGUAAAAUAUUUCUCUAUAGAUCGUGUAUUCAGAAACGAGACAGUUGAUGCUACUCAUUUGGCCGAAUUCCACCAAGUGGAAGGUGUUAUUGCUGAUAAAGGAUUAACGCUGGGGGACUUAAUUGGAUUUAUAAAUACUUUCUUUAAUAAAAUGGGAGUACGGAACCUUCGUUUUAAACCUGCCUAUAAUCCAUACACUGAACCAAGUAUGGAAAUCUUUUCGUAUCAUGAAGGCAA